UUUGAAUGUUUUGGCGGUUGACCUUGAAUUGACCUUCAAAGUGAUCUUGUAAAUCUGUCCUAAUAAAGCAUGCGUUUCGCGUCGAUUGUUCAUAGACAUAUCAAACACUUUUCUUCAGGUGUCCGUAGUAAUUUUCUGGAUAUUACAAAGAUAUCUCUGAAGGAUGUUGUUACUCUAGGAAAUAAUGUACAGCAGAAAUCUUUCGUAGAAGACAAAGAAACCAAAGUGACAACAUUAACAAACGGUCUGCGGAUUGCUUCACAGAAUAAAUUAGGAAGUCAAUGCGCUGUAGGAGUCAUCAUAAAAGCUGGUCCUCGUUAUGAGGGUGGUUUUGUCCAUGGAACUUCACAUUACUUAGAAAAGUUGGGAUUUCAUUCAUCUGAUCUAUUUGCUGAUCGGAAUGCAGUGCAAGAAGCAAUGGAAAAUUGUAAUUCAAUAUUUGACUGUCAAAUAGCAAGAGAUUUCAUCAUAUACGCUGUGUCUGGAUUCAAUACAAGUAUGGAUAGACUUAUCCAUGUAUUAUCAGAUACAGUUUUACGAGCUAAGAUUACUGACAGUGAAGUCGAAAUGGCAGCUAGAAGUAUAUCAUUUGAAUUAGAAGCUAUGGAAAGAUCACCACCGGUAGAACCUAUGCUAAAUGAAUUGUUGCACACAACAGCGUAUAAAAAUAAUACACUUGGCCUACCAAGAUAUUGUCCUCAACAGAAUUUAGGUAGCAUUACACGUGAUGAUAUUAUCAGAUUUGUUGCAACACAUUAUAAACCAGAACGUAUGGUAAUUGCAGGUGUCGGGAUUGAACACGAUGCUUUGGUCAAAUCAGUUGAAAAGUAUUUCAUUCCAACUGUACCCAACGUGUCGAAUGAGAGGGUGGCAAAGAAUCUCCCACCACCAGAUAAUUCAGUUUCACAGUAUACCGGAGGUUAUCAGAAGGUAGAACGUGAUCUCUCUCAGUAUCAUGCACCGAUGCCAGAAUUUGCUCAUGCCGCUAUCGGUUUUGAAUCCUGUAGUUAUACAGAAGAACAAUUUGUACCGGCUUGCCUACUUCAUUCACUCCUUGGUGGUGGAGGUUCAUUUUCUGCUGGUGGUCCUGGGAAGGGAAUGUAUACUCGACUGUAUGUGAAUAUUUUAAAUGAACAUCAUUGGGUCAACUCAGCUCAAGCGGAGAACCAUGCUUAUAGUGAUUCAGGUCUAUUUACAAUUACUGGGAGUUCAUGUCCCCCCUAUUUGGAUCGUUUAGUUUACACUCUACUGGAUGAAUUACGUCACACGGCAGUAGUUUCAAUCAAUCCGACAGAAUUAUCCCGAGCUAAACAUCAGUUGAAGUCAAUGCUUUUGAUGAAUCUGGAGACACGUGCUGUCAGUUUCGAGGAUAUUGCACGUCAAAUGUUAACAGCCAAUUGUAGACGUGAACCAGAUUAUUGGGUUGAUCAGAUAAAUAAAGUCACCGAAGAUGAUCUUCGCGAAUUGCUUCAUCGAAUGAUUUUUCAUUCAAAACCAACAUUGAUUGGCUAUGGACGGGUGGAUAAGUUGCCAAGUUACGAUGAUGUGGUGUCUGUUCUGAAUGAAUCUUCUAAAGGAAAGUAUGCUACCCUGAUGUCAAAUAAAAUUCCUCGACUAUUGUUUAAACGAUUUAUUUAAAUAAAAAAAACAUUUCUCAGUUGGUCUUACUUCUUUCAUUUAUUUUUUGCCACUCAAUCUCUCUCUCUCUCUCUGUUGUGCUCUUCUCUUUUUCUACCCUCGCCUUCUCGUGUCAUCAAGUGGUGAUGAUGAUGAUGAUGAUGAUGGGGUGGUCAUUUGUAAAAAUUAUUAUUGAAUAAAAUCCUUGUUUAUUUCGACUUC